GGACGCAGGUCAGCGCGUCGCGCCUUUAAGGCGUCCGCAGAGCCGGGCGGGGGAGCGGAGAGCAGCGCGAGCACCAGCGCGGCGGCCGGACGGACCCUCGGACUGUGCGGGAGUCGGGCUCGUGCGGCGGGACGCAGGCGGCGGAGGUGAGAAUCUCAUUUUCAUCUUCUACCAGAGCCAGCAGCCGUUGGGAAAGAAGGCCGUGCUCCUUGAACAAGUUUCACUCCCGUCACUCUCUCAGCCCCGCAGGCACCAGCCAGCCUCGAAGAGCAGGAUGGACCUUGACGUGGUCAACAUGUUCGUGAUCGCGGGCGGGACGCUGGCCAUCCCCAUCCUGGCAUUUGUGGCCUCCUUUCUCCUGUGGCCUUCGGCGCUGAUAAAAAUCUAUUACUGGUACUGGCGGCGGGCCUUGGGCAUGCAGGUCCGCUAUGUCCAGCACGAAGACUAUCAGUUCUGUUACUCCUUCCGCGGCAGGCCGGGGCACAGACCGACCGUCCUCCUGCUCCACGGCUUCUCCGCGCACAAGGACAUGUGGCUCAGCUUGGUCAAGUUCCUUCCAAAGAACCUGCAUUUGAUCUGCGUGGACAUGCCAGGACAUGAGGGUACCACCCGCUCUCCCCUGGAUGACCUGUCCAUAGACGGGCAAGUCAAGAGGAUACACCAGUUUGUGGAAUGCCUCAAGCUGAACAAAAAGCCGUUCCACCUGAUGGGCACCUCCAUGGGCGGCAACGUGGCCGGCGUGUACGCUGCUUACUACCCGUCGGACAUCUGCAGCCUGACCCUCGUGUGCCCCGCUGGCCUGCAAUACCCAACUGAUAACCAGUUCGUACGACGGCUCAGAGAACUGCAGGAAUCGGCCGCCGUAGAGAAGAUCCCGCUGAUCCCGUCCACCCCAGAGGAGAUGAGUGAGAUGCUGCAACUCUGCUCCUACGUCCGCUUCAAGGUGCCCCAGCAGAUCCUGCAAGGCCUUGUCGAUGUCCGCAUCCCUCAUAACAGCUUCUACCGGAAGCUGUUUUUGGAAAUCAUCAAUGAGAAGUCGAGAUACUCCCUCCAUCAGAACAUGGACAAGAUCAAGGCCCCCACGCAGAUCAUCUGGGGGAAACAAGACCAGGUGAUCGACGUGUCCGGGGCAGACAUGCUGGCCAAGUGUAUCCCCAACUGCCAGGUGGAACUUCUGGAAAACUGUGGGCACUCUGUGGUGAUGGAGAGACCUAGGAAGACGGCCAAGCUCCUCGUCGACUUUUUAGCUUCUGUGCACAGUACAGACAACAACAAGAAGCUGGACUGAGGCCCCGAGCGCAGCCUGCCAUCCGCACGCCGCAUCCGCUCCCGUCUCCAGAUCUGACGCAGCCACCACUUCUCAGGGAUCCUGCCCCAAACGCGGCCGGAGCGCCAGCAGCCCUGAGGAAGCCAGUGCCCUGCCCCGGUCAGACCCACAGAGCUCUGGGGGCUACGAAGAAAUCUCCAAGAUGUUUUUUCAUGAAAUAGAAACUCACAUGGAACAAAAUCAGCAAACCCAGCCUGGAAACCUACCGAGAAGUCUUCAGGUUCGUUCGCGACGCGGUCCCCUUGAACCACAAUCGCUGCGGACAUCAUUUUCUUUGAAACACGUUUUACAGACUGAGACUUGAGGUAUUGCUGUUGCUUCAGACGUUCUCCCCUGCAUGGUCAGCGGCUGUUUUAGGAGCAUUAGCCGCCAUUCGCCGAGCCCUUCUUGUUUAUGUCUUAAGUUUUACAGAGAGGCCCCUAGGUGAGUGCAGUCCGUCAGCUGCAAGACCCGGCUGGGAAGGGGCAGCUGCAGGAGAUGUUUGCACCUGCAGAGGGACAUGGUUCCGCCUCGGCCAGCCCUCGGAGCAGCAGAGAACACACUUCUCCCGUGGGGGUUCCAGCUGCCCCACGUGUCAGCUGUGCCACGAGGGAACCCAGUCACAGUGGGAAGCACACCUGGCAGGGUGGGUUUCUGGUAAUAAUUUAUUUUUAAAAAUAGGUCUAAUGGUCUGGCCCAUGUGGCUCAAUGGUUGAGCGUUAACCUAUGAGCCAGAGGGUCACAGUUCAGUUCCCCAUCAAGGCACAUGCCCCAUCAGUGAUUCUCAUCAUUGAUGUUUCUCUCUCUCUCCCUCUCCCUCCCUCUCUGUGAAAUCAAUAAUUUUUUUAAAAAGUAAAGUCUUUUUUAAAAAUAGGACUAAUGAAGCAAUAAUGUUGUAGACAUCUAUCUAAAUAGCCAGACUCGGGUCCUAAAUGAUCAGACACAAGCACCUCAUGGGCCUGUCCCAGGUGGUGGUGCUACGAGAACCCUUGGAUGUUAACACCAGUGAGCUGAUGAAUUCUGUGAAUUCUGUGAGCAAUCGUGUGCUCGAGAAUCAGUCUCAACAGCUGUAAAUGAUCACAGUGAUAUGAAAUAAACGUAAUAAGCCUAGAUCAACAGCAUGCAGACAGUUACUAUUUCUAAGGUCCUAAUUAUGUGCAACACGGGCAGAUUUUCUGUUCCCUGGGUUAAGUGUGUUUUAAAGUCGGGCUUAUUCUGCCUUGAUCUGUGUGGCUCAGUUGGUUGAACCAUCGUCCAGUACACCAAAGGUUGUGGGUUCCAUCCCCAGUCAGGGCACAUAGCUAGGCUGCAGGUUCGAUUCCCGGGUCGGGGCCUGUACAGGAGGCCACCAAUGAAUGUUUCUCUCUCUCUCAUGUUUACAACUUUUAUUCAGUUGAAGUGGUUUAUGAAAAACAAAGGGCAAGCCCUAGCUGAUGUGGCUCAGUGGAUGGAGCGUCGGCCUGUGGACUGAAGGGUCCCGGGUUCAAUAUCCGUCAAGGGCACAUGCCCAGGUUGCGGGCUCGGUCCCCAGUGGUGGGCGUGCAGGAGGCAGCCAAUCAAUGAUUCUGUCUCAUCAUUGAUGUUUCUAUCUCUCUCCCCCUCUCCCUUCCUCUCUGAAAUCAAUAAAAAUAUUUUU